AAGAUGGUUGACAAUGUAUCCUUGUCAGAUCUGGGGAAAGAUGAAUUGCUUGAGAUUAUCAGGAAGCAGGCUUCACAGAUACAGGCCUUACAGACGUCCAGCGCGUCUGUUUCCUCUGACCCUGACGAGGUAGAUAAACCUGCUCAAGGUUCAAGAACCUCCACCAGAAAGGAUCCAAUAACCAAGUCGGUAAGGGAACUCCGGAGCAAGAAGACAGGAACGUGUUCACCGGCCAAAUCAAGAGAGUCUCCAUCCAUGCUCCGAACUAAGAGAGUUGUUUCUUCUCCAGCAGGUUCAAUAGAAUCAAGAAAACCUAUUCUCCGUCCUGGUUCUAGCACCGGAGAAUCUCCAACCUCUCGGAGGCAACAAAUCUCUCCAAAUGUUCCCAGGAGAAAUAGGCUUCCCAGGAGAAGGAGUGUUCAAAAGGAGGAAAGGAAGGAACUAAGCCUAAAUCCAGUUUCUACACUCAGUAAUGUCAAACUAAGAAUAUCUAAAUCGUCAGCAGAUCUAAAAUCUUCAGUUCAAUUCCAAGUAGAUUCCGAAACACCUGCAGCAACUAAAGUUCUUGUAGUCCCUGAAGGCCAACUGGACAGAAAGGCUGAUCCUGGAGGAGGUCAGGAAAAGGAACCAGUUUCCGAGGAGAAUCAGAACAAAAAAUCGGUUCUUGCAGGGAAUCAGAACAAGAAACCGGCUCCCGAUGGAAACCUGCACAAGAGACAGGUUCCUGAGCAGAAGAAACCGGUUAUUGACGGACACCAGAACAAGAAACCGGUUUCUGAUGGACACCAGAACAAGAAACCAAUUACUGAAUUAAAAAGAAACUUCCACCAAAGAAAGAAACCCAGUGAAACUGUAAAACCUGUAGAGACGGAUAAACCCAAGUUGUUACGACCUAAAGAUACUCUCAAGAGUGGAACAGUGACAGGUAGAAAAGGAAGGUUCCGCAGUAAGCGGUCAGCAAGCCUUGAUGACGAAGAACUUUUGAUAGUAAAGGAGAGACCCCGCACAGUUCUUCAAAAUGUGAACAAAUUUGCAAUUUAUCUCAGACCAAAACCUACAAUACUGGCGUAUAAAUUCUUCACCCAGAUACAGAGAAGGAUAGAAGAGCAUGGCCUGAACCCGGAGGGAGGGGGGGAUCAGGAGGGAGGAGAGCAGGAGAAGGAGGAGGAGGAGGAUAGUUCAAACCAGAUUAGCAACCCUGAAUCUCAGACUGGAACUAGAAAACAGGUUGAAGAAAAGAGAUCAAUUGAGAUUAAGUACGGAGAACUUGAAACUGUCUCUUCGAACCUCUCCGCACUAGAUCUAGAGCUAGGAGACUGGAGAGCAAACACAACUGGAAUGUCGGACUACGGCCAUGAUGCGUCUGCCUGGGGCCGACGAAUAUUUGACACGGACGAAAUAGAUAUCCCUCUCCAGGCUGAGGUUCAUUCUAAACUUUUCGUCCAGAAGGAGGAUAUAGAGCUAGAGGAUGUUCUCAUAGAUUUUAUGACAAGG